AUUUAUUUUAAAUACUCCGAAAGCUUCCCCACUAUUAAGCUUUCCUAAAAGCACGUAAAAGCCACAAUAAUAGCUACAUAAAUCUACCUGAGCCCAGACAUACAUAUAGAUAUAUUUAGCUGUCGUGCGGGGAAGGCCGUGCCAACGCCACCCAUCGAGACCAACGCGGGACGCAAUAUUGUCAAUAUCGUGGUGCAAAACCAACCCACUAGCUUUGAUUGAUUGCACUCUCUGAUAAGCUGCAAGCGAGACCAAGCCUACAUGAUACACCCAAAGCUGGUCCGACACGGAACGAUGCGGCUGGAGGCGCCAUGAAAUCACUUACCAUGGGCGCGUGUGGCACUUAGGCCAGAAAUUCUAACUCCGGAGGGGUGUUUAUCAGACAGGAAUGUGAUACGUGGGGGAUGAGCAAAGGCUCUGGGCGUGCAUCACUGUGUGGGGUUCGGAGUAUGUGAGACCGGAACUAUGUUAGUCGGAUUGAUUUGGAUUUAUUUUCCACCUCUAUAGCUUUACAGCUUCGAUAAAUACUACUUUACCUCAUUGUCCGCGAACAUUCAAUCAACAGGGCGAGAAUGGCUACUUUCACCAGAAUCCCAGAUGGAGAGACUCCAGUCAUCGACGUCGACCCUUCAAGAAGGGUUGCGAAGAUUGAUAAGAACAUAUAUGGAGGAUUUUUAGAGCACAUGGGCCGCUGCAUCUACGGUGGCAUCUACCAACCCGGCCACGCCUCCGCCGACACCCACGGCUACCGCACCGACGUCCUCAAGUCCCUGCAAACCCUUGACAUCCCCGUCCUCCGCUACCCCGGCGGCAACUUCGUCGCAACCUACCACUGGCAAGAUGGCAUUGGGCCUCGCGAAUCGCGUCCCACGCGCCCUGAGCUCGCGUGGGAGGGCGUCGAGACCAACGAGUUCGGCACGGAUGAGUUUCUGCACUGGCUUACGGUGCUGGGGAACUGUGAGGGUGGGGUGGGGAAGUGGACUGUUGAGCCGUACUUUGCGCUGAAUUUUGGCACGGGAACGCUGGAUGAGGCGUUGGCGUGGGUGGAGUAUUGUAAUGGGAAAGGCAAUACGUAUUAUGCGAACCUGAGACGGAAGAAUGGCAGAGAAGAGCCAUGGGGCGUUAAGUACUGGGCUCUGGGUAAUGAGAUGUACGGUCCCUGGCAAGUCGGCCAGCUAAACGCAGAAGACUAUUCCAAAAAAGCCAUCGUCUUCGCCAAAGCUCUCCGACUCCUCGAUCCAUCCCUCGUCCUCGUCCUCUGCGGCGAAACCGGCUACUCAAGCUGGGACUUCGAAGUCCUCCGCUCCUGCAUCCCCUACGUAGACAUGCACAGCAUCCACAUCUACACCGCGAGCUCCGACCACAUGAAGAACGUCAGCGCGCCUCUCAUCGCUGAGCGCGCCAUUGAAGCCACAGCUGCUUUCAUCGACGUCGCGCGCAUCGAGAAUAACAUCGCGCCUACUAAGCCGCGCACUACUAUCUGCUUUGAUGAGUGGAACGUGUGGUCGCCGACGCGGGCGCCUGGGAACCUGGGGGCGGAGGAGAAGUACACGCUCUCUGAUGCGUUGGCGGUGGGGGUGUGGCUUAAUGUGUUUGUGAGGCAGGCUAAGUACAUGGGGAUGGCGAAUAUUGCGCAGUCGGUUAAUGUGAUAUCGCCACUUAUGACGACGGAGAAGGGGAUUGUGAAGCAGACGACUUUCUGUAUUUUGGAGUUGUUUAGCAGGUAUAUGAGGGGGUGGACGGUGCAUACGCAUGUUAGGGGGGGAGUUUACACCGGGGACACUGAGCCAGCGUGGUUGAAGGGGGUUCAGGAGGAGGGGAUCAAUACGCUGGAUGUUAGUGCUACUGUUGGUAAGGACGGCUGGGUCAGCGUGGCGGUGGUGAAUAUGGAUGAGAAUAAGGAUGUUGAGGUGGAUUUGAAGAUAGGAGGGGCGGUGGAGGGCGGAGUGGAGACACAUACUGUGACGGGCGAGAAUGUGAAUGUGGUUAACACAGAGGAGGAGGAGGUGCGGAUAGCGGAGGGUACGUGGGAUGGAAAGGGGAAGUACACGUUCAAGAAGCAUUCCUUCACGCUGUUGAGAUGGAAGAGCGAUGAGAAGAUCGUAGGCAGCGAAUAGACUGUAGAUAGCGUAUAGAAGGUUCUCGCUCAGGUCGGUCCUCACACAGAGGUCAUUAUUAUUAU